AGUGCCAAUUUUGACUAUCACUCUCUACCCAGUCAACUUUACCAUCACGAUCGACUUGAAUCUGGCUAUCUCUCUGCACUCGAUGUUCUCACUUUAAGAGAGAAGCUUGUACGUCGUAGGUGCGUAUUUGUUCCACGGUCCUUCUGAGUUCCUGACACAUAGGCAAUGUAAUACCUUAUGUACACGCUUAUUGGCUCCGCUAUGGCGAUUGUCGGCGUUUGCUCAUAGAGAAGGUAAAUCGUAUAUUUCUCUGAAGGGUGUCUAUGAUGACUUAUGGUGGCUAUGAUCAUUAUACCGGGACGCACUGUCACGAUGCUCCCGUUCGGUGGAUCACUGUCUCCCCCGCACGUAUAGACUAUCAUGCAGACUGCCUUGUCGGGUGUGUAUCGUGGUGGACGCAUCUACGGUCGGCAUCGGCGGUCUCCUAAUGUGGGGUUCACCACACGACAAGGUGGUCCCGGUGGGCCACCGGCGGUGGCAUAUUUUGCCGAUGCCAUUUCGGAUGUGGAUGUGGAGUGGUUGGGCGUAGGCCGUGGCACCUGUAAGUCACAAUCGUGCUUCGAACUGCUCGCGGUCAUUGUCGCCUUGAAGCUCUGGAGACAUCGUCUUGAGGACUGCAGUCGAGUGGCCGCGGAAUCCUUAUUCACUGGUCGCUUUAAGCGUCGUGAUUCGGAGGAGGUCGUCCUCUGCUACUCUAGGUCGCUUGGUCAGACUGUGUCCAUAAUGACCGCGUUGGACAUGAGGUAAUUAGAACUCCGCUAUCGUCAUGUGCGCGGUUCUAGCAAUGUCCUCGCCGACACGCUGAGUCGACUUG